AUAUACACAGCCGACACUCCGCAUAGAGUGCUGAAUCAUCCGUUGACGCCGCCGCCAUCUUGAAUGAGGCAUAAAGGAGCAUCGGACUCAGCUUUCAGACAAAAUGCCUCACUCAUGUGCUGCAUGGAAAUGUACCAACCGGUUUACAGUUGAAACCAGAUCGCAUGGCCUUACUUUUCACAGGUUUCCCAAAGAUAUCGAGCAGAGAAGAGUAUGGGAAACAGCCGUCAGGAGGGCUGGGUUUUCAGCCACUCCUUCAUCCAUGCUCUGCAGUGAGCAUUUCAGACCGGAGGAUUUUGACAGGACAGGUCAAACAGUCAGAAUCAGAGCUGGAGCUGUGCCUUCAGUCAUACGUGUCCGAGCUCAUAACCACAGGCCUGUGGUUACCAGGACAUCUCAGACCUCCAAGAAGGCACAGGAGACCCUGCCAGACUGUUCCCAGCGUGUUCAAGAGGCCGAGCCCCUGCCUCCUCCCAAUGUUGACCACUCCUAUGCUCUGCCUUCGUCACAUGAGGAUCUGAAGGCCAGACUCAGGGAAGCCCUGGCUAGGGGUCAAGGAACAAAUAAACGAGGAGUUGAAAGAGCAGCUCGAUAUAUUCGCAGGCAGGAGCCAGACAAGCAUGUGAAUUUUGAUUCACAGAAGAUGAAGCUGUCCCUGGCGUCACAGACACCGAUGGCUCUGCGCGCACUGAGGGACGCUGGUUAUUCACAGUUUCAACACUGUGAAGGAGCAGCUGAAUUCAUUGAGGCGGCUGAAAGCGAGCCAGUUCCAGGCCAUCCGAUGAUGUAG